CCGGCCAUAUUGACGGAGCCUCUGCUGCUCUCUGUCUCUCUCUCUCCCUCCCUCUCUCUCACCUUGCGCUGGAUAUUUACUGGCUGAACCUUAGUCCUCUACUUCCCCUCUGUUCGAAUUAGCGUGCCAACGGGAUACAAGGGGCCCUUAAAAAAAGCAUAUCAGGAUAUUUUUCCGGUCCUGUGCCUCAUUUUUAAAGGAUUUCUGGAGUUUAUUUCAGCUCUAGGAAGACGCGGGGCUUCAAGCCGAGGGUCGUCCUGUAACGGAGGACGAGUUUUCUUUUUUUUUUCUGCCUGGAUAAGCGGCAAGGGAGGAGGUGAAGAUGCCGAAACCGAUCAAUGUACGAGUGACCACGAUGGAUGCCGAGCUGGAGUUUGCCAUCCAGCCCAACACCACCGGCAAACAGCUCUUUGACCAGGUGGUGAAGACUGUGGGGCUGCGUGAGGUCUGGUUUUUCGGCUUGCAGUACACGGACAGUAAGGGUUACACCACGUGGCUGAAGCUCAAUAAGAAGGUGACUCAGCAGGAUGUGAAGAAGGAGAACCCUCUGCAGUUCAAGUUCAGAGCAAAGUUCUUCCCUGAGGAUGUUUCUGAAGAGCUGAUCCAGGAGAUCACACAGCGCCUUUUCUUUCUUCAGGUGAAGGAGUCCAUUCUGAACGAUGAGAAUUAUUGUCCUCCUGAGACCGCAGUGCUUCUGGCAUCCUACUCAGUCCAGGCCAAAUACGGCGACUACAACAAGGACCUCCACAAGCCUGGCUAUCUUGCCAAUGACAGGCUUCUGCCACAGAGAGUUCUAGAGCAACACAAGCUGACUAAAGAACAGUGGGAGGAAAGGAUACAGACUUGGCAUGAGGAGCAUAGAGGCAUGCUCAGAGAGGACUCCAUGAUGGAGUACCUGAAAAUUGCCCAGGAUCUAGAGAUGUACGGCGUCAACUACUUUGAGAUCAAGAAUAAGAAGGGAACAGAGCUGUGGCUGGGAGUGGAUGCUCUGGGUCUCAACAUUUACGAACAUGAAGACAAGCUCACACCAAAGAUUGGUUUUCCUUGGAGCGAAAUCCGUAACAUUUCUUUCAACGACAAGAAGUUUGUCAUCAAGCCCAUCGAUAAGAAAGCACCAGAUUUCGUGUUCUAUGCUCCACGGUUGCGGAUCAAUAAGCGGAUCCUGGCUCUGUGCAUGGGUAACCACGAGCUUUAUAUGAGGAGGAGAAAACCAGAUACCAUCGAGGUGCAGCAGAUGAAGGCCCAAGCCAGAGAGGAGAAACAUCAGAAACAAAUGGAGAGGGCUCAACUUGAAAACGAAAAGAAGAAGCGCGAGCUCGCAGAAAAGGAAAAGGAAAGAAUAGAGCGUGAAAAGGAUGAGCUGAUCGAGCGCCUGAGACAGAUCGAGGAGCAGACAGCGAGAGCACAGAAAGAACUGGAAGAACAGACACGCCGGGCUCUAGAGUUGGACCAGGAAAGGCAGAGGGCAAAGGAAGAUGCAGAGAAGCUGGAGAAAGAGAAACUGGCAGCCGAGGAGGCUCGAGCAGCACUGGCCAAACAGGCAGCAGAUCAGAUGAAGAACCAGGAACAACUGGCUGCAGAACUGGCUGAGUUCACUGCCAAAAUCACCCUGCUGGAGGAAGCCAAGAGAAAAAAGGAAGAGGAAGCCAGUGAAUGGCAGCAUAAAGCUAUCUCAGCUCAGGAGGAUCUGGAGAAGACCAAAGAAGAGCUGAAGACGGUGAUGACGGUGGCAGUACCAGCAGGGAGCUCAGCGGAGAACGAGCACGACGAGCACGACGAGAGCAGCGCCGAGGCCAGCGCCGAACUCUCCAACGAAGGACUGGCGCUCACACACACCGAGGAAGACCGCCUCACCGAGGCCCAGAAAAACGACCGCGUCAAGAAGCAGCUCCAGGCCCUGAGCUCGGAGUUAGCACAGGCUCGGGACGACACCAAGAAGACGCAGAACGACGUGCUGCACGCCGAGAACGUCAAGGCCGGCCGCGACAAGUACAAGACUCUGCGUCAGAUCCGCCAGGGAAACACCAAGCAACGAAUUGACGAGUUCGAGUCCAUGUGAGGAGUGCUGGCCCCCUGACCCCCCCUCCUUCUCCCCUGGCCCACUCUCUCUUUACCCCACUCUCAAAGCUGCAGCCCUGAUGCCUUGGCAGCUGGCUUAUAAGCACAGCUUUCAUUCUGUAGGUUUUUUUUUUUUUUUUUUGGGUUUUUUUAACCAGCCCAUCCCACCAUAUGACCUUUAACCCAUGGCGCCUGAUGAUAGCAUCCUACUCUGCAGAGAGGCUAGAGGGACGUGGUCGCCACCUUCCCCCUCACACUUUGCCAAAGCGCUCACCUUCAGCCAAUCAGGCUGCUUGAUUUCAAGCUCCUCCCACUCGAUUCAUCCGUUCAGGAGCGAGCUUUGUAUCAUAUCUUUAUGAACAUUUGAGAUUAUUAUUAUUUUUUUUUUUUUUCUUGAUAGAGAUACUAAAAUGGAAAUGUCAUUUUAGAGAAAAAGAGGAAAUAGCAGAGAUCAAAAAUUUUAUCCAAAUGGCCAUUUAAUACUUUAUUUUCUUCACUUAUUAGAAAAUUUAGCCCAGCUUUAUACACUUUAUUCACCGUUCCGAUUGACGAGCUCGAAGUAUCUCGCGAGUGUCUUUAGUUCCUCACCGUUUUAUGAACACGCCGCUUUUAAUUUCUGCUAAGUCAGCAAAGUUUCUUUUCAACAGGUCUCGUUCAGGAUCUUCUCCCCCCCCCCCCCCCCCUCGGCGAGCGCACACGAAAGAUCUCUUCAUAACAAAUCGAUAGAGAAUCGUUCUUCAAGAGUCGAUAAUUAACCAAAACUCCGGAUCACCAAAGGGAAGCUGACGUCUGCGUCGUGUGUGUGUGUGUGAAAGAUUCGAACAGAAAUGACGAGCGCUGGUUUACGAGGAUUUGAGACGUGGUUGGUUUCACACUCCUGCUCCGUCCUCAGACUCGCAGUGUUUCACGUCCAGUCUCCAUAUGGAUGGUUUUCCCUGCCUGCCGGCUCACAAAGGUCCACGACAGAUAGGCAGACAGAGCUUGUAAGAUGGCGUGUGCAGAUCUGUCUGCCUGUGUGUGUUUGAGCGUGUGUGUGUGUGUGUGUGAGAGAGAGAGAGAAUACUGAAAGCCUUUCUGACCGGGGAGCAUAUGAAAACAUCGGUCCUGGCAUCAGGACGGCUCUCUACCUCAUUUAAUGUAAAGUGUGGAGACUGAUGUGUCAAACACUGAGCGUGCUGCGAGACAGGAAAGACGGGUGAGACAGUUUUCUGCUCCAGGUGUAGUGUGUGUGUGAGUAAUAGAGAUUUAGUCUCGGUAUGAUUUCAGAGCUCAGUAUUAUAUCCAGAUCCUGAUCGUUCAUCGCCUUCAUCAUGCGUUCCUACAGAGCUAACGACGUACGAUACCAAAGCCGCCCCCGACGCAGCAACCGUGGCGAGUUAAGAGCAGCACGUCGCCGCGGUAACGUGUAGCAGACUCCUUAUCAUCACGUCAUCUUUUCGUUCUUUCGUUGCGAGAGUUAUACAAGUGAAGAUUCGUCAUGUUCGGGUUUUUGUUUUCCCCCCUCUCCUCGCUUUCUUGCCUCUCGGUUUAAAAGCUGACAAGAAGGAAAUCUAUACAUCAGAGUAAUUCUUCAUCCUGUAAUGUUCUUCAUCAUGAACCUGUCACACCCCACGUCUCAUGUUAAGAGCAAGCAAACCUCUAAUAAUGUUCUCCUGUUCACUUUGUUCCCCACAACUAUAACUAUUUAUACAAAAAAAAAAAAAAAAAGUCUUUUGAGAGUAUUUUGAGUAAUCGGGAUUUUUUUCUUUCGUUUUGCAAUGUGAAUUUUGUUUUACUAGUGAAGGCAGAAAAGGUUUAAAAUAAAGAAAUUUUGUUGGUCGAGACACGAGCGU